AUGAUGGCGGCGCCCAUAGUGCGGCACGGGUUUCUCUUGGCCCGGAAUGUGGCUCUGUCUCAGUUCUCCCUGGCAGGUAAAAGAUGCCUGCUCUCUGCAGCUUAUGUGGAUAGCCAGAAAUGGGAAGCAAGAGAAAAAGAGCAGUGUAAUCUGGCUGACCUGGCCUCCUUAAUGGAUAGAACAUAUGAGAGAAAGCUGCCUGUCAGUUCUUUAACCAUUUCUCGGUUCGUGGACAACAUUUCAUCCCGAGAAGAGGUAGACCAUGCUGAAUAUUACCUUUACAAGUUUCGUCACAGUCCCAAUUGCUGGUACCUGAGAGACUGGACCAUGCAUAGCUGGAUUAGACAGUGCCUCAAAUAUGGUGCCCAAGACAAAGCCUUGUAUACUCUCGUCAAUAAGGUACAAUAUGGAAUUUUCCCAGAUAACUUUACAUUCAACUUACUCAUGGAUUAUUUUAUAAAGAAAGAAAAUUAUGAAGGUGCUUUAACAGUGGUUUUCCAGAUCAUGCUGCAGGAAGACUUUGACACAACCUCCACUCAGCUACUUUCACUCUAUGUUUUGUACCACUGCCUGGCGAAGAAGUCAGAAUUCACUUGGGAAGAAGAGAAAAAUUUUGGAGCAUCCUUAUUACUACUGGGCCUAAAACAGGAGAACCCUGUGUACUUGAGUUCACAGUUGUAUGGCUAUGCACUGCUGGGGAAAGUGGAAUUGCACCAAGGGCUGCGAGCUGUGUUCCGGGAUAUGCCCUUGAUGUGGACCCCAGGCUAUCUGGACAGAGCUCUUAAAGUCAUGGAGGGUGUGCUGUCUUCCCCAGGAGACAUGAAAUUGUGUAAAGAAGCGUUGGACACGCUGGAGACAGUGCUGACGUCUCUGCUGGCUUCUCCAUCAGAUGGGCCUCCCUCCGAAGGGGCUCAGACAGCCGAGGUCAGGCCCCAGGAAUCGGAGCCCAGGGAUCAGCUAGAUGCAGAAGAAAGCGAGCAGUCCAAGCUCCCCAAAUAUCUGGAACAGUUUAAGUUGUUACGCUCCAAGCUUGAGGCUCUGGGCAGAGUGGAGUCAGAGGCCCUGUCGACCCUGACGGCCCGAAUGGUACAAGAAGAGCUGCCAGCCUAUGAGACAGAGGACAUCCAGAACUAUGAGCAGAAGCUAAAGCAGUGGGAGCAGGAACAGGCUGAGCUCAUUCAGAGGGAAAAGAUAACCCGGGAAAAGGUCCGACAAGAGCAGGAGGCUCGGAAAGCCUCCAAAGCAUCUGCCUGACCCCCCCUGCUUUCCAUUCCCAGGCACGCUGUUCCUUUCUCCCACAAUAAACUGACAUGCACAGUCAUUAAUACCAGCUCAGGGCAGUGACAUUUACUGCUCCUCCCAUCCUCAUCUUUCCUUAACUUUACAAAUAUUACGCCCAGAGAGAUUGCCCAGGACCAUACAUCUAGAAAGUGUUGGUAGCUAGAUUUGAACCAAGAUUGUCUUUACUUCACCCUCUGGACCGUAUUUGCUGCUCCCCCAGCUGCCUGUAGGCUGUGCUAAGGCACAAACCCUUGCCUUUCUCCCUGAGCAACGUGGCUCCCUCUCCUGCACAGGGGAAGACAUCUUUGUCUUCAUGCAUGGGCAUCGCCACAACAGUUUUCCCUUCAAUAAUCUUUAGAAUGAAAGAAGUUCAAAAAGUAGGGAACAGUUUAUUCAUAAAACCCAACCUUUAUUUGAAGCCAUUUCCAAGGGCUUCAGUUACCAUUCAGUGCUAUUGCUAUAGACACCACUGAGGGAUAGAGGCAGUCCUGGCCUUCUGAGCAUCUUUGAGCAGUUCUAUGUCUGGAGGGAAGGUGGCUGUUCAUCCAAACCCCAGAAUUUCCUAGCGCAGUAGAAGGAGUUUUGGAUUUUAAAUCAAAAUCCAAGUUCUGCCACAAACUGUUUGUGUGAUCUUCUGUAAAUCACCUGAGCUCUUUGGGUCUCAAUUUCCUUCUUUGUGAAUGGGAGGAGUCCUUCCAGCUAUAAUCAAUCAGUCAACCAAUAAACAUUUAAUAAGUGC